CCUAUCUUACGACCAAGGAUAAGCAAAAUCUGCAUGAUUUGUCCUAUCGCCCAGACCUCCUCCAGCUCUGUACCAGAAUUAUCGAGCAGAAGGAAGCGAAGUUACGAGCUGGAUUCGUAGGCAAGAUACGAUACAGCGAUCCUGUCGUCCGUGUCGCAAAUAUAUGCAUACGCUUGGGGAGCUUGACUUGUUUCAACGAGCCGUGGGAUGUUUCCAGGAGGGCGCUCCACUUGAGUUUUUCGAAGACCUACACAAGCUUUUGGCUACCGUUGAUUUCAAAAGAAUUGCUGAGUGUCUCGAUAUUUGCGCCGACGCUUUCCAAUCUUUCGAGCCGCGUUUCCAAGCGCUGAAGCGACUCUUCGGGACUGACUUGGACAACCUAAUCACCCGCAUUGACGCGUAUCUGUCCCCCCUUGGGCAAUGGUUCUUGAGCAAGAUGGAAGACCUGCUGGAACCAACGAAAAUACUCGUUAAAUCAGCGAGACGUCCUUUAAUAUACAUUUGCGAGCUCGCGGGUUGGGAGUACCUCCUAGACAAGAUUUGCCCGGUGCUUGAGGCCGCUGUCGAGAUGACUCCCUUCGUAAUAAGCUUUAUGGUUUCCCUUUCCGAGGACGGCACCAUCCCUACAACAAUCAUCCGGGCUGCCUAUAGUCGGCUUGCACCCCGCAUACGCGAGCACUUCAACCUGGUUCGUUGGCAACGUGAAGCCUUUCGAAGCUAUGAAACGGGCAUGGUCACACUGCAUAAGUCGGGUAUAAAAUUGGGGCAACAGCGUGUCUCACUGACCCCAAUCGAUGGCCGUGAACUCGCCAAAUUCCUCCGGCUAUGUCUAUCUUUUUCUCUUCACGGGGAAGUUGAUGGCAUCCUGAACCGGCUUGAAGCCGAAACCUAUCGAGCAGGCCCUGCUAUUCUUGUUCCAGUCACCCUGAUAUGCUUGCGAGACCUAUCGCCAAUGCUGCUCAGUCAUGGCCUCGCUUUCGACGCCGCGAGAUUGACAAGCUAUCGACGUCUUUACCAAGAUAUCAUCACCAAUUAUAUCAGCACAUGCGUGGGCAACGAGCCGCAGAAGCCAAAUCAAUGGACUCGUCAACCGGGGAAAUGCCCAUUCUGGACACAAGGCUCCUGUCAAGACUGCAUUCAGCUCAACGCGUUUCUCGAGGAUCCGUACCAUGAAGUGUACGAAUAGAAACUACCCAAGUGCGGGCACGACCAUCUUCGCCAAGCGAUACACAACGGCAAAUCUGAUUGCGGCGGUCUAACCAUGGAACGUAGCGAUGGCUACUAGCUGAUUGUGAUGAAGACUACCUACCAGUACGAUCAGGCGCUCCACUCCUGGGAGGCAAGAAAGAAAGAGGCGGAGAACGUGAUCGCGGGAUUUGACCAGGACACGCUAAAGAUAUUACUUGGCAAGCGAUAUGAAGAGAUUGUGGAGAUGAAGAACCAGAAGCUCUCUGUCACUAAUCGGCUUCCGCCACUUCGAGAACUAUCGAACUCAGCUCAUCCGCUUCCUCUAAUGCAAC